AGCGCGGGCUGGGCUCCGCGCGGCGCCAGCUGCCGCACCGCGAUUACCGGCUGCCCGCCUGGAACCCAAGCCGAUCCGAUCGCUGGCGAUUUCCAUAGCCAAGAGCCACUCCGACCAUGUAGAUGCCAGCUCCAGGGAGCAGCAUGGGCCCCACUGAAUGGAGACUCCUGGGUCUGCAGCCCUGAGCCACUCUGGUCCCUGGACCUCACCCCACACGUGGGGACACCCCUUGGAGCUCACCACCACCAUCACCAGACUGCCUCUGCCACACCCUCCCCCUGGGACUCGGAGUUGGCCACCUGGAGCUGCCACCCUCCAGUGAGGGUGUGCUGAGGAUAGCUACACACAGCCAUCACCCAGAAGCCUCUUGUCCAGUGCUGACUCUCAAGCCCACCCUGAGCAGGGACUUUGGCAAACAUGGGUGAUAUGACAAACAGCGACUUUUACUCCAAAAACCAAAGAAAUGAGUCAAGCCAUGGGGGUGAAUUCGGGUGCACCAUGGAGGAGCUCCGCUCCCUCAUGGAGCUGCGGGGUACCGAGGCUGUGGUCAAGAUCAAGGAGACCUACGGGGACACUGAAGCCAUCUGUCGGCGCCUCAGAACCUCACCUGUCGAAGGUUUACCGGGCACCGCUCCAGACCUGGAAAAGAGGAAACAGAUUUUUGGGCAAAACUUCAUACCUCCAAAGAAGCCAAAAACCUUCCUGCAGCUGGUGUGGGAGGCACUUCAGGAUGUGACACUCAUCAUCCUGGAGAUAGCAGCCAUCAUCUCCCUGGGACUGUCUUUCUACCACCCACCAGGAGAGAGCAAUGAAGGAUGUGCCACAGCCCAGGGCGGAGCAGAGGAUGAAGGCGAGGCAGAAGCAGGGUGGAUUGAGGGGGCUGCCAUCCUGCUGUCUGUUAUCUGUGUGGUCCUGGUCACAGCCUUCAAUGACUGGAGUAAGGAGAAGCAGUUCCGGGGCCUGCAGAGCCGCAUCGAGCAGGAGCAGAAGUUCACUGUGGUCCGGGCUGGCCAGGUGGUCCAGAUCCCUGUGGCCGAGAUUGUGGUUGGAGACAUUGCCCAGAUCAAAUAUGGUGACCUCCUCCCUGCCGAUGGCCUCUUCAUCCAGGGCAAUGACCUCAAGAUUGACGAGAGCUCACUGACAGGGGAGUCUGACCAGGUGCGCAAGUCAGUGGACAAGGACCCCAUGCUGCUGUCAGGGACCCAUGUGAUGGAGGGCUCAGGACGGAUGGUGGUGACUGCUGUGGGUGUGAACUCUCAGACUGGCAUCAUCUUUACUCUGCUGGGGGCUGGUGGUGAAGAGGAAGAGAAGAAAGAUAAAAAAGGUGUGAAGAAGGGGGAUUGCCUUCAGCUACCAGCAGCCGACGGCACAGCAGCUGCAAACGCUGCAGGUAGCGCAAAUGCCAGCCUAGUCAAUGGUAAAAUGCAAGAUGGCGGUGCGGACAGCAGCCAGAGCAAAGCCAAGCAGCAGGAUGGGGCAGCUGCUAUGGAGAUGCAACCCCUGAAGAGCGCAGAAGGUGGUGAUGCGGAUGACAAGAAAAAGGCCAACUUGCACAAGAAGGAGAAGUCAGUGCUGCAGGGCAAGCUCACCAAACUGGCAGUACAGAUCGGCAAGGCAGGCCUGGUGAUGUCAGCAAUCACGGUCAUCAUCCUGGUACUCUACUUCACUGUGGACACCUUCGUGGUCAACAAGAAGCCAUGGCUGCCAGAGUGCACACCUGUCUACGUGCAGUACUUUGUCAAGUUCUUCAUCAUCGGCGUGACGGUGUUAGUGGUUGCUGUGCCCGAGGGGCUCCCUCUGGCUGUCACCAUCUCACUGGCCUAUUCUGUGAAGAAAAUGAUGAAGGACAACAACCUGGUACGCCACCUGGAUGCCUGUGAGACCAUGGGCAACGCCACGGCCAUCUGCUCAGACAAGACAGGCACGCUGACCACCAACCGCAUGACAGUGGUACAGGCCUAUGUCGGUGAUGUCCACUACAAGGAGAUCCCCAAUCCAAGCUCCAUCAAUGAUAAGACCAUGGAGCUGCUGGUCAAUGCUAUUGCCAUCAACAGCGCCUACACCACCAAGAUCCUGCCUCCAGAGAAGGAAGGUGCCCUGCCCCGGCAGGUGGGCAACAAGACGGAGUGUGGCCUGUUGGGCUUCGUGCUGGAUCUGAAACAGGACUAUGAGCCAGUGCGUAGCCAGAUGCCAGAGGAGAAACUGUACAAGGUCUACACCUUCAACUCCGUGCGCAAGUCUAUGAGCACUGUCAUCAAGAUGCCCGACGAGAGCUUCCGCAUGUACAGCAAAGGCGCCUCUGAGAUAGUGCUCAAAAAAUGCUGUAAGAUCCUCAGUGAGGCAGGCGAGCCCCGCAUCUUCCGACCCCGUGACCGGGAUGAGAUGGUGAAGAAGGUGAUUGAGCCUAUGGCCUGCGACGGGCUCCGUACCAUCUGUGUGGCCUACCGAGACUUCCCCAGCAGCCCUGAGCCUGACUGGGACAAUGAAAACGACAUCCUUAAUGACCUCACAUGCAUCUGCGUGGUGGGCAUUGAAGACCCAGUGCGGCCUGAGGUUCCAGAAGCCAUCCGCAAAUGCCAACGGGCAGGCAUCACAGUCCGCAUGGUCACCGGGGACAAUAUCAAUACAGCCAGAGCAAUUGCCAUCAAGUGUGGCAUCAUCCACCCAGGGGAGGACUUCCUGUGCCUGGAGGGCAAAGAGUUCAACCGGAGGAUCCGCAAUGAGAAAGGGGAGAUUGAGCAGGAGCGGAUUGACAAGAUCUGGCCAAAGCUGAGGGUGCUGGCUCGCUCUUCGCCUACGGACAAGCACACCCUGGUCAAAGGCAUCAUCGACAGCACACACACUGAGCAGCGGCAGGUGGUGGCUGUGACAGGGGAUGGGACCAAUGACGGGCCUGCUCUCAAGAAGGCGGAUGUGGGCUUCGCAAUGGGUAUUGCAGGCACAGAUGUGGCCAAGGAGGCCUCAGAUAUCAUCCUGACAGAUGACAACUUCAGCAGCAUCGUCAAGGCAGUGAUGUGGGGCCGCAAUGUCUACGACAGUAUCUCCAAGUUCCUGCAGUUCCAGCUGACUGUCAACGUGGUGGCAGUGAUAGUGGCCUUCACAGGUGCCUGCAUCACGCAGGACUCCCCUCUGAAGGCCGUACAGAUGCUCUGGGUGAACCUCAUCAUGGACACAUUUGCAUCCCUGGCUCUGGCCACCGAGCCACCCACAGAAACCCUGCUCUUGAGGAAACCUUACGGCCGUAACAAGCCACUCAUCUCACGGACCAUGAUGAAGAACAUCCUGGGCCAUGCUGUCUACCAGCUCACCCUCAUCUUCACCCUGCUGUUUGUGGGUGAGAAGAUGUUCCAAAUUGACAGUGGGAGGAAUGCACCUCUGCACUCACCACCCUCUGAGCACUAUACCAUCAUCUUCAACACCUUCGUCAUGAUGCAACUCUUCAACGAGAUUAAUGCCCGCAAGAUCCACGGCGAGCGCAACGUCUUUGAUGGCAUCUUCCGGAACCCUAUCUUCUGCACCAUCGUGCUGGGCACAUUUGCCAUCCAGAUAGUGAUCGUGCAGUUUGGUGGGAAGCCCUUCAGCUGCUCUCCACUGCAGCUGGACCAGUGGAUGUGGUGUAUCUUCAUUGGCUUGGGAGAGCUCGUCUGGGGCCAGGUCAUCGCCACCAUCCCCACGAGCAGGCUCAAGUUUCUGAAGGAGGCAGGCCGGCUCACCCAGAAGGAGGAAAUCCCUGAGGAGGAGCUAAAUGAGGACGUGGAAGAGAUAGACCAUGCAGAGCGGGAGCUGCGCCGUGGCCAGAUCCUGUGGUUCCGAGGCCUGAAUCGAAUUCAGACGCAGAUUGAAGUAGUCAAUACUUUCAAGAGCGGGGCCUCCUUCCAGGGGGCCCUGCGGAGACAGUCCUCCGUCACCAGCCAGAGCCAGGACAUCCGCGUCGUGAAGGCGUUCCGUAGCUCUCUCUAUGAAGGGUUAGAAAAACCCGAAUCUCGAACCUCCAUCCAUAACUUCAUGGCUCAUCCUGAAUUCCGGAUCGAAGAUUCCCAGCCCCACAUCCCCCUCAUCGAUGACACUGACCUGGAAGAAGAUGCCGCGCUCAAGCAGAAUUCGAGCCCGCCGUCCUCGCUCAACAAGAACAACAGCGCCAUCGACAGCGGGAUCAACCUGACCACCGACACGAGCAAAUCAGCUACCUCUUCAAGUCCAGGGAGCCCCAUCCACAGCCUGGAGACCUCGCUUUAGCUGAGGCCCCUGUCACCUGGCCACCCUCAUGGACCCGCCGCCAACCGCCUCCGGGCACCCACUCUUCCAGGCACCGACUCCCCCACGCAGCAAGGAGCACUAGCAGGAGCCCACACAGCGGAGAGAGCGCCUUUCCACCCACAGACCCUUUCUCUGGCUGCGAUGCUGUUUGAACUCUUUUAUCACUCCCAGGCAAGGGGCAGGGUUAUCCUGGGGGCAUCUGGAGCAGAGAGCAGGAGUGUUCCCAAAACAAGAGCCCUUCCUGGCUCCAGCCCAGACAUGGACCUGCCGGGCCACAGAGUCCCCAGCAUGAAUGUACCAGACAUUCAAUCCUCCCCUCUUUUAGUUCUAGAGGGAUUGGGAAGGGGGUAUUUGUUUGUUUUCUUAGGUGGAACUAUAAACAGACUCUUUUCUGAGACUCCAAUCCACUGGUCUGUGAGGUUUGAAAUGCUUGUGCAGCAUGGUGUCAGAUGUCUAGAUUAAUUUAAUAACUUUUUGAAAUCGCAGAGCUUAACUCACAGAGUAGAUUUGCACCAAUGGAACCCAAGAACUCCACAGACACUCACGAGGUUAUAUCCAUUACUUUGUAUCUAUAUCAACGUGUACUUCUCCAAGACUGUAUACGUCCAUAUAGAUAGGUAGAUAUAUAUAUAUAUAUAUAAAUAUAUAUACAUGGAUAUAUAAAAUUUCUUUGCCGGCAUGUUGCCUUGUUUCUGCUUAAAUUGCUCUAUUUUAACUUAUUUAUGUCCUAAAAGAAGAAUGUAAUUUGUUUACAAACCUGUAGAUAAUGUCUUUGGCUAUUUGUAUGGUUUAAGAACACUGAUGGCCGAGUGCUACCAAACAGCUUGGUCCAGCAGACAUCUCCCCUGGAUUGCAUCCUUGAUGUUCUUCAAUAACCAUGCUAUGAUUUUUGCCUGCUAUUUCCGUUCAAUAACGUCACUAUCAUGGGAAGCUCAGGCAGAAAGCCAACUGCUCCUGGGGAGCCAUCCUGAGGAGCUGAGCACCAUGCUCUGUAGACAGAGGAGAAGAAGAGAGAAGGCUUCCCAGGGUUGCAACACAACACAGCCAUCCAGUCUGCAACACACUGGUAGAAGGCUUUUCUCUCGAUGAAACUCGCUUGAGUUUACGGAGUACAUCUUGGAACUGAGUUAUCUUUGGCACUGUCUGUACAGUCGAGGUAGUGUCCAGAUAUUAUAAAUGCUAUUGUGUUGAUUUUUUUUCCUUUUAGUUAGUAAUUUAGAGGUUUAUUUCCUUAUAAACGGCGGCAUAGGAGCUGCCGGCAUAUUGGAUGAGGGUUGGUAUGGCUUGCUGCUUUUAUUUUUAUUUUUGAAGAAUAGCCUUUUUCUCUGCACUAUUUAGAUCCGAAUGAACCUUAUGAUGUGUGUAUUGAGAUGUAUUCAGUGUGAUUUUUAAACCAAAUUGUCUUCCUGUAGUCACAAUAUAUACUGUAGCCUUUUAAAACAGCAAGUCUUGCUUUCCCGGACAGAAAGCCAUUCUGAAAUCCUCCCAUAUCACAGGUAAGAAAAGGUGGCUAUCUCCCCUCCCCCAGACAAUAACAGCACUAGUAAUCCCACUUAAUGAGAGCUUAUUUAAUCGUCUGUCAGCCUCUUAACUGCUAAGCACUUUGUGGGUCUCAGCUUUUUUCAUAAAAGAACUUUUGUAUUUAAUACAAAGUUUGCUUUGAGACUUUUCAGCAUACAAUCUUUUUCCAUAAACUUGUACAGUGCAAAAGACAUUUUGAAUACCAUGAUCGAUGAUGUCCCAUGCUUCAAGGAAAACCAACACUUUCCACCUCGCUUUUGAACUCCAUCCUUCACGCCAACUCUUCCCACAAUCUCUCAGUGGCAGCCUGGCCCCCCAGCCCUCCUCCAGGCCCAGAGAACUCUUCCACUAACAAGAUGAGAGCCACUCGGGAAAAGAGCCAUAGUCAGCUGGGAGGGCCCAUGUCUGGAUAGCUGUGAAGAACUUCAGGACUUGGGGGUUCAAAGUCUGCCCAUCCCACCUGGCAACAAUCUUUCUGUAAGGAGGAUCUUCUGUGAGAAAGAAUGUAUCCAGGAGAGGGAGCUACCUCCCCAGUGAUGGCAGACCAGCCCUGGCUGUGCCAACUGGAUUCCAGUAGAUACCACCAGAGCCAACCCACGCACCCCUCCAAGGAAGAAAGGCCUGCACAUGGGAAACCUGGGGAAGCCUUGGAACAUGAUGGGUUUUUUGUUGUUUGAGGAUUUUUCUUUUUUGAAUUUCCUUUUUCACAUUUCUCAUCUUGCCCUCCUAUGUUCGAUUAUAUAUCUGUGACCUCAUUCCAUGACACCAGAGUUGCUUUGCUUAUACACUGGAGCUUCUGGGCUUUUGGAACCAGGCCUCAAAGACAAACAGGAGGUUUUCUCUAAGUAUAGCCAGCUUCAAAGACAGCUUCAGAGAAGCUACUAAGGAGGCCCAGCAUGAGCAGUGGCCUCUUGUCAGGAAUGAGGGGUAACCCCACCCCCCACCCCAUCAUUCUCACACAUGCACAUUCAUCCACACAUGCACACGCCCACACAGGAGAUGGUUGGUUUGUUAAAACUCACUGUAGUACACAAAGCUUGCACUCUGCGUCCUAUAUCUAGCAGCAUGGGGUAUGUUUGGCAGUUCACCCCAUUAGGGGGUCAAUAAUUUAUGACCAUUCAUCUGUUUUUAUGAAUUUUUUUAUCUAGACAAUAAUUGUAAAUAAAGAACUUACUGUCUCUGUUCAUUUAAUACUAUGCAAUGGUCGUACUUUCAAUAGCUGGCUCUUCUGACUUGCAGAGUGGUUCUAAUGUGUCUGUGGUACUUUUUUUUAAAGGAAAAAAAAAUCAAGCAGAAUAUAGGAAGUCUCUGUGAUCUACACCCUUUCCUAGUGUGGGGCCUGCCCCUCUUCUUUCCUGUCCCCACACAGGGCUCCAGGCAGGGGCUAGUUCAGCUAUUAGAUCCAGUGAGCCCAUCAACUUGUCUCCCUACCCCCAACAAGUGAGAGCUUAGCCACUCACCUAGAUGUGGAGAAGGGAGAAUUCAACCUGCAACCCACAGAGUUUUUGGAAACUCAGCAGCAGUGCUCCAUUGCUCCACCAGCCCCUCACCAUCUCCUCCUCUCUGCCACAGCAUGGAGCUGACAAGAGAGAAGUACCCUGAUUCUAAGACUAGACCAGUGACACUGGCUGUUCCCAAGCCAGACACCGUCCUAUCCCAGGUUCCAUGGUUAACAAACAGCCACUAUUCCCCUGUCCCUUCCUUUGUCACUUCCUGAUUUCUUAUGUAGUCUUGGGCCUACUUCUAAAAUUUCUCUUCUGUUCCCUCAUCCACUGUUUCCUCUGGCACCAGCCAUGUGGUUUUAAUUAUUGUCCCUCUAGAAUGUUUAUUAUGUUGAGGGAUGAGUCUCCCUUAGUCUUCACAAGGUUUCCCAGUUUUUUUUUCACAUCUGUUCAAAUUUUGCUGGGCCUCUGCCCUCUGCACUCCUAUCCCUGCAAACUCUGAGCCUUGUCACUCUAUGUGCCACAUAUACCUCCCCCAUCAUAAUUACUGCCCAUUCAGGGCUUCUAAGUGCAGAAUGUCCUGUCAGGAGGACAAAACAGCAUUCUGAAUCCCUGAGCAUCUGGAAAAUCACCACUUCACCUGUCUCCUAAGCCCUGGAGUUGUAAGGAGAUGCCACCAAGCCCCCCACCCAACUUAGCUUGAACCCGUCACUUCAUGUGGUUGUACAAGGGCAGAUCUCCAUCUGCCAUGGUCCAGACUGGAAGAAAGGACCUCUCCCAGACCCAGUGCUAGGAGAGAACAUACAGCCUAGCUAGAAUUACUCUACAUGGAAAAACACUUCCUAUUUCCCUUUCCCAAACUAUUUCAUUUGACUAUUUUAUUUGUGUUAUUGGAGUGGGUCACCUCUUAUUAAUUCAGAGUUUCAACACCUUUGGGGUGCAGAAAUUUCUUGCUUGGAUGUCUCAGCAUCCUUGAAUCACAUGCUAACAAGCAUCCCACUCAAAUUUCUCUUGCUCUGGUAUCUAAGGCCCCACCCUUUGAGGUUUUUAGGAGCAGGGCACUUCUUGAAGCACCAAGGCCCCAAUCAGACCACAGGAUGUCCCCACAUAUUUUCCAAGAUCCAAAUGAAGCUCUUCUAACAUAGAGAUCCGACCCACCAAAGGCAGGGGGUACUCCAGGCCCUGGGCAGCUGCCAUCAUCCUCUCCUCUCAAAACAAAAGGUUCAAGGCUGCUUUGGGCCACCCUCCAGGUCCUUGGUCUGUUUUGUAACGUCUGUGGUGCUCUCCCUCCGGGGCCUUCCCUCUUGGGGGUCACCACACUUUGCUAACUCUUAUGUGCACAUCUUUUAUAACAGUAGUGAGGGAAUGGUGCCGCCUCCAGCUUCCACAAGCUGCCCGGGCUCUGGGGGGCUUUGGGACAAUUGGGGCUGGGAAGUGACUGUGCUCUUAUUGUACACUCUUUAUUUCUCUGUAUCUCUGGCUUGUGCUCUUUGUAACUAAUGGGAUUUGUCUGCCUUUUCAACACUAUACCGAGCAAUAAUAAUAAAUGCACACAUGGAAACACA